CUCCACUACAUUCCCAUUGAUCCAUGACCCUUCACUUUCUUCAUCCAUCUAAUCUUCUUGGAGAACUCUGAUCUGGUGAAGAAGGUGGCCUCCCUCUCCGCCAGCACCCUUAGCAAGAUGGAAGGAGAAGGAUGGGUCACCAGCCAUUGCUUGAACAAAGAAGGUUUCUCCAAGCUCCUGUACAGCACCAUGGCAAGGCUUGGUAUUUUGGACCACCCGGAAUACAUGGGAAGAGAGUACGAGGAGUACGGCACAGAACGAUGUGAAGUGACUAUCUAUAUCGGAGCAAGUAAAGACUUCCCUGACAUAAAGCCAUGGUCAGUUACCACCACAGGGUUCCGGUUUGAGGACACCUACCAAGCUAUUGCCCGUAAGGCUCUGAGGUACCUAUGCCAGAUAUAUGAGAAGCCAAUCUGUCGUACGCCAAUGCGGUAUUUUCCGCCUCUGGUAAGGAACCGCCCAAUAUGGAUUACUCGGAUGAAGACCCUAGAAGGUUGUGAAUUAAGAGAAGAUAACCCAACUAUAGUGUUCAUGGCAAGGUACUUGCUCACCUUAGAUGAGGAAUAUGAUAAACAAGCAACCAAGCUCAAGGAGUGCAACCACAGGGCAGAAGAAGCUGAGAAGCAGAUCAGGAAACUUCGUGUGCAGCUUGCUGAGUCUAAGGCCCAAGUGACCAUAUCUGAAAGUCGUGAGAUCGCUGCAAUUGAAGCCUUAAAUCAAGCCGAUGACCGCCAUGCACAAGAAUUAAAAGAUGCCUACCUAGUCACUCGGGUAAAAAGAAGGGCUCUCAUAUUGGGUGGCAAAGAGUGUGAUGUGCUAGAUGGAAUCCCAAUGGUAGCCAUGGAUAACGCCAAAAAGAAGUUUGGUGAGACCCCGCCAGCACCUCCGCCUACAGAGCUCUCUGAGGAGGCUUCAGACCUGGAGCCUACCAAGGAAGAAGUCCUCCAGCAAAAUCAGCCACCGACAAAGAGCAAAGUUGGUCUUCCUCUCAUCCCAUUAGAAGGCCCUUCAUCCUUAGAUGAAUGAUCUAGAUAGGCACUCGAAGA